CACAGAUUUGUGUCAGGUUUUUAACACAUGUCGAAUAAUCGUUUUGGCUCUUAUCAAAUCAUUUUAUACGAGUGAGUAUUUGCUUCAAAUGCGGCUCUGAAACAAACCCCGAAUUCAACUUGUUGCACGAGUUCAGCUGCGCCACACAUCCCUCUUCCGUGUUCGAAUCCUCUCAUGCCGCUUUUCCGUUUAACCAGUGGCAAUCUCCAUGAUGGUUCAAUUCAAAUUCUGUCGAUGGCAUGAUCCCACGUAACAAAACUAUCGAGCCUCAGGUUGAGAUCCCUCAGAGUAACGUAACCGAAUUACACCGUUAAUCAUCAAUUCAUGCUUUCGACGGCCGGAUCGGAUAAAGUUGGCCCUGUGGCUAGUGCACAUCAUGUGAUUCGACCAUCCAUCGCCUCGAGCAGCUGUGGCUUGACUUCUGCCCCACCACUGCUCAAACCGCCGCACCACGAAAAAGUGAAUAAAUUCAACCAUCACUAAAACCCCACGAUCACGAAGUGACGCCUGGACGAGCCACGACGACGCAUCCCUACGGCACCGCGAGACCUACACAGAAUUCCCGAACAAAUCGCACGGAUUCGCUCGAUUCAAAAUGGCUGCCGCCGUAGCGAACCAGCCCAAGCACGACUGGGCCGACGACGACGAUAUCGAGGAGACCUCCACCGAUCUCCCCGAGCCUCAGACCAUCUCCAACAAGGAUGGAACAAAGACCAUCAUCACAUUCCGUUACGAUGACGACGGCCGAAAGGUCAAGACCACCCGCCGAAUUCGCUUCACCACCCACACCGAGACCGUAAACCCCCGCGUCGCCGACCGAAAAACCUGGCCCAAGUUCGGCCUCAGCGCAAAGGAUCCUCCCGGCCCUGCCCCCGACACCACCUCCGUCGGCGAGAACAUCAUCUUCCGACCAAGCGUCAACUGGCGAAAGGCCGAGAAGGAUGAGUCCGCCGACGCCAACGCCCAGUCCAUGAAGGACAAGCUCAAGGACAAGCAGGUCAAGUGCCGUAUCUGCAACGGUCAGCAUUUCACUGCCAGGUGUCCUUACAAGGAUACCAUGGCGCCCAUCGGAGAGACCGGCGCUGCGGACGUUGCUGCUGGUAUGGGAGACGAGCCCUCUGCUGCUGGUGCGGGCGCUGCUGGUGCCAAGAAGGGUUCAUAUGUUCCUCCUGCUCUGCGUGGAGACAGGGGAGCUGGCGAGAGAAUGGGAUCCAAGUUCGGCGAGAGGGACGACUUUGCUACACUGCGUGUCACCAACGUCUCCGAGAUGGCAGAGGAGCAAGAGCUGCGCGACAUGUUCGAGCGCUUCGGCCGCGUCACCCGAGUAUUCCUUGCCAAGGACCGGGAAACCGGUAUGGCCAAGGGCUUUGCGUUCAUCAGCUUCGCGGAUCGGGGCGAUGCCGUCAAGGCUUGUGCGAAGAUGGACGGAUUUGGUUUCAAGCAUCUCAUUCUGCGGGUGGAGUUUGCCAAGAAGGCUCAGUAAGGCUGAUGAUGUUUCGAUCUUGUCAUGGGUUAGUUGUCACGCACGGUAAUUGCAUCGAUCGGUUGCGGGGAUUUUUCAAAAGAUAUUUUUUUUCAACCUCAUGAAUUUCAUGGCCCUUAGGAUAUGGGGUCUGGAGUGGGACAAAAGUGAACUCUGGUCUUUUUGUGAUAUGAGGUAUGAUGUGAAGAUAGGGGAAGACAGCGCUUAUCAAGAUCUAUUAAAUGAGUGGUUUCUGAGACUGGGCAGCAUACGCUUAGACGGUAACUUGAUAGGGGUUGAGAGGAUACAGUGACGAGCCGUCUUUCAGACUGAAGCUUUGACUAUUCUUUUCUCAUACAAAACAGGUGUCGUUCCUGUGCAUAUCAGGGUCGUCAUUGAAUAGAUAAUUGUAGGUGGGCUAUAAACUCACAAAUGAGCACGUAUGACAAUAUAUCAAAUGCUUGCCACGGAUUUGGUCUGGCUAUCUGUAGCAUGAUUAGCAUAGUAA